CACAACUCUACUCUUUGGAGCACGAGAUGUUAACCACAAGAUUUGGACGCCUUCUGAGACCGUGCAGAAGACUUCCGAUCUGUUCGCCCAACAAAGUCAAGUUUUCCUCAUAUCCAGUCCCGCAAAGUUAUGAAGUUGAAGACGGGCGUGAGUUUAAAUGGCUGUGGCCGGCCUACAGGGAGAUGGAGAUGUUCAAAGCAGGACACGACAUCGGAUGCAAGCAAACAGGCGGACGCUACAGAUACAACACCGUCAAGCCCCUGGACCCUGGACACGUUGAACUGGCCCUGAGGCACUAUCAGAGGAAGAUCCCCAACUGCCGGUGCUUCUUCAAGGAACGUGACGGAAAGCUGUGGGUUUGUGAGGACCCAAAUCCUGACAUUGACUUCGAGUAUCUGGAAGGAGUCGAGAGCAGCGCCAUUAUAAAUGAGCACGUAAGUAAGCCUUUCUUCGGCGACCGCACGCCCACUUGGAGAGCGAGGCUCGUCCCCGUGCCCGCCGACGCCCCCUGCCCCAUGCCCGAAAUAAAGGCAGCUUUCCCCUACCAGUAUGACCUCGUUAUGAUGCCCCACCACUCAUUCGUUGACGGGGUCAGCAUGUCUAUUCUCACUGGCAAACUUGUGGGACUGCUGAACGACGUCAUAGCCGGACGACCCAUAAACGACGAGCCUUUUGGGGUCUACGUGAACAAUAAGGAAAUCAACGGGAUCGAUAAGCAGAUCGCACAGAAUUUCGAGAAGGAACCCGAGAAGCUCGAGCUCAUGAAGCAAGAGAUUUUGGCGUGCAACACCACGCCCCUCCUUCUCAAGGCCUUCCCGCCGCCUGGAGGGAAACCGGCAACCAAGUUUGUGUAUCAGACUGUCAAGCAGCAAUCUCUGGCGUCCUUCACGGCAAAGUGCAAAGCCAAUGGCGUGACGUUCAACAGUGGAAUGGAAGCUGUGAUUAAUACCGCCAUUAUAGAGAUGGCGAGGGAGGCGGGAGUGGAGGGGGAGUCUCACCAGAUAAGCACCCAUCUGGCCACGGAUCUGAGACGCUACAUGAAGCGCCGCUCCCUCCCGAUCCUCGGCUUGCACGUGCGCCCCACUGUGCACAGGAUGGAGACGCCCUUCGACGUCCGGGACAACUUCUGGGACUACACCAGGAAGCUCCACCAGAGGCUCUCGCUUCUCCUGAAGUCCGGCGAGGCCCUUCAGCAGAGCGUGGUGAGGGAGAUGACUCUCCUGCAGCUCCACGCAGCAGGGACCGUAGCCCACUUAGACUACGGCCUCACUAACGUCGGGGAUCUGACAGCUGUUAUACCAGGCGUCGGGGAGCACCUCCAGCAGACGGACCUCGCUAUGAUCGGUUGUACACAUUCCUUUGGAUUUCCGAUGCUUCACCAGAUCUACACCUUCCGAGGACAUUCGCCCUACACACUCGCCUACGACGCGUCCUACAUGGCAAAGGAGACUGCUGUAGUACUCACGGACAAGAUUCUGAAACUUAUGCACGAACUUGGGACAUCGCCCUAAGAAGCUAGAAACGAAGGGGUUUAAUAGCAGGAGUGACCAGACAGGAAACUUUUUCUUUCCUCCACACUUCUUAGAGGAAAAGUUUUCGAUGAUUGUGAAAACAAAAGAAAAUUACUUUUAUAUAUUCUGAUGCGAGUUUAUCCCAGUACUUGCUCUCUUUCCACAGAACAAAUUCUGUUACAAUUAAAACAAGAAAAAAAGGAAAAAAAUAUGAAGCCAAAGGACAGAGAAAAGGAGAGGUAUUUACAUCUAGGUCCCAACCAUUAUAUUUUUAAGCCCUUUUGAAGUAAAGAGGCUGCAUUCGAGAAAAAAAAACUAGAAUUAGAGAGAUGCAGAGAUAAACAAAUAGAUAGAGAAAUGAACUUUAUGGAAUUUUAGGUCUCAAGUUUAGACUUACUAAUAGUGUAUAUGUAAAUCAUGAACUGCAGUCUCAUUUUCUGAUAGGUCAAUAUAAACCUUCGAAUGGUAUAAGUUCCUAAGGAUUUUUACAAUUCUGUUUUAUUUGUCUCCAAUCGUUCUUAGUGAUUACUUAGUAGUGUCUAUAUUUACCAAUAGGGUAAAUAACAAAAUAUAUGACGUUAUUUGUGUGACUUCGGUAUUACAAAAUAUCGAUAUAAUUUUUACUAUCUUGUUCAGUUUACCAUUGAAAUAAUAAGAUUUUUUUUUUUGCUAUUUCGGUAUUGCAUAAUAUCGGUCUAUUUUUACUAAGAUUUUCAGAAUUUCUGUUUUCUUUUAUUUUUUAUUUUUCUCUUUUCGCAGACUGAGUGUAUUUCUUGAUUACAUUUUAUGACACGAUUAUCAAAGGCAUUAUAUUAAUAACAUUAUUAGAUUUUAGAUACAUGACGAUGGAAUAACAUAAGAUAUUAAAUCCUGAAUGAAUUAGGAGAUUAGAUAUAUCAUAUGACGAUGGGUUAAUGUAAAUCAUUACUUCCUGAAUGAAUUAAAUAUUGAAUAUAUGACGAUGAGUAAAUAUAAGAUAUUGAUUCAUAAACGAAUUAAGAUAUUAGAUCUAUGACAAUGGGUUAAUAUAAAAUAUUAAUUCCUGAAUUGCAUUACGACUAUAUAUAUAUGACGAUAGGUUAAUAUAUCAACAAUAUUAAUUCCUGACUGAAUUAGACUUUAGAUAAAUCCUCUUUUACUAGACUUACUAUUUAUCGUUUGAAUUUAUAUCUUAAAGGGGGGAGGGGGGGUUGUUCUGUUUUAACUUUAGACUCAAAAAUAUAAACGGAGAGGAAUUUUGAGUUGGCAGCUGACUAACAGACAUUUCUUUUUCUGUUCUUUAUACCAAUGUGUUAAGAAAUUUCCUUUCCUGAUAUUAGAUUUUCUUUUUCUUUUUCCUUAUAAGGUGGAUAAUGAAAUGUGCUUUUCAGUAGAGUAGGAAAGAUUAGAACAGAAGAAAAAAAGGAAAAUAGCACCGUAUCUAUUUGUCCUUGAACAAAGAUAAGAUAAGAAAUGAUUUUAUUUUGUUCUAACUUCUGUUGUACGAAGAUUAAGUGAUGAAUGUAAAUGAUGAAUGGAACAUCAAAAUAAACUUAAACAGUAUUUUU